AGUUCUAUGCUCUCGACACAGUUGUGUUUGACUGAGCUGAGCACAAAUACGCCAACUCGGCUGUUGUUUCACUGGCGGCGGUUCACCGUGUCGCUUCUUCUUUGUUUUCUUCUCUGUUGUUUUUGGUUUUGCCACCAGGCACCGAAACUGCGCCUGAGCCAUGCGCCGCAGCACCGUUGGACGGUAUUAUUGGUCGAGGUACCGGAUACCGUCACAGAUGCCGAAGUUUGACGGCCCGGCCCCUGUCGCGGCACCGCAGAACAUGAACAGCACCAAAACCAACGAGUUCAUCGACCCCAUCGAUGACAAGUUUCCCAUUUCUAUUCGCGGCAACCUCGUCCGUCCUGAUGUGCCGGAGGACCAGUACGUGGACAGCUGGUACGUUUGCACCUCCAUGACGCACCACCUCGGUGACUACCGUCCGUGGAGCGCCAGUGCGCCGGCUAACGCCUUUCGCUUCCGCCCGUACAACGAGUUCGACGCGAAGGGGCGCGAGUACGUGCAGCACCUGAGCGAGGCCCAGCGCUACACCCCCCGGUCAUCACGCGGGAAAGGCGCGAAGGGCUUUCCAUUUCGUGAAGCCUACCUCACAAAGAUGAACACAGCAGAGACGGCCACGCCGCCGCCGUCGCUGGAGACGAUUAUGAGCCGCGCCGUUGUGGAGCGCCUGCAGCACUCCAAAAUUCUGAGUCCGCUGGAGGUGCAGCGCGAUGUGGGCCGUCUAGAGGAACCGCUGCCGUGUGCCGGCAAAAUUGCUGCCGACCGCUCCACUUUCCCCUUCCAGUGGAACACGGAGGACUGGUACGAGUACGAGGUUGCCAAGGCACGUAAUAAGCGCUUUACCUUCGAAAACGCAAAUGCCAACACGCUGCAGGGCUCUGAGGUGACGUAUCGCAUCGUGCUGGAGGGAUUCUGGGACCACCACGUGAUGAAGCUGGCAGACGACGUCGUUAUGUUCCUGAAGGACGUGGGCCGACAGGUGGUGGAGGAGAAGCUGCGUAACGUGCGGGCGAGCAUUGAGAGCUUAGACAACGGUGGGGCGGUGGACCCGGAGAUGGUGGCGGCCUUCAACGCCUCGCUGAAAGGUCCCUUCGGGGGCGCCGACCACUACGCCGCCGAGGAGGUGGCCAACUUUCUGCGUAGCGAGUGGGAGCGGCUGGAGGAGCAGUGUGUGGGCCUCAUCAACCGCGCCAACGUGCCUAUUCCAGGGACGGCCAACAUGUACGACGCCAAUGUGUCGUGGCCGUACGUGGAGAAGAUGGAGCCGUGGACGCGGCUGGCCGAGUUCUGGACCUCAUCUUCCGACACCUCCUUCACCGAGUUAGAGAUGUCCACCGCGCAUUACGAGUUCCGCAAGUACUUCCGCGUGGUGGUGGUGAAGAUGCCGUUUCAGAGUACGGAGUUCGAGCAGCGGAUGUACGGCAUCCGUCACUGGCUGCACCGCCAGACGAGCUGCGAGUUUCACACAACGUACCGGCGCAACAUCGUCCACGAUACCGCCGUGUUCCCGACGGAGCACGACGUCGACGUGAAACCGACGCAUGAGCACCACCGCCUCUUCUCUUUCGCGUUGGAUUGGCAGAGUGCCCCUGUGGACUUCCUCGAUGUGGAGAUAUGCCAGGAGGGGGACUCGUGGGCCUCUGUAGCCCAGCGGCUCGGGUGCACAGAGGAGGCGCUGAAGAACGCCAACGACACGCUAGAGACCCUCAGCGCCGGGGUGUCGGUGAACGUGCCUGGCACCUCCACGCGACGCCUGACAAGCACCAGCAGCGUCCCCGCCUUGCUGCCGCUGCAGCCCGGUGACGGCAAACCGGCGGUGACGUCGUGGCGCAUGGCGGCCGAGCUGCUCGGGUGCUCCGUGGAAGAGUUGCAGCAGGCCAACGGCGAGGCAGCACUCACCUACAAGGCUGCCGACGGGGGCGCCGAUGGCUGCUUCGACCCGUCGGUGAGAGAGCUGAUGGUGCCUUACACCGUCACCUUCGCCUCCCUCGAGACCUCCUUUGCCAGCGCCGAGCCUGUCUUUGAGGGCGACACGUGGGCCACCGUCGCGGCACGCCUCGGCUGCAGCGAGGCCGACCUGCACAGCUGCAACGACGCUGCAGGCGCUGAGCUCUCCACUUUUGCGACGGUUCGCGUGCCUGUCACGGCCAAGACGCCUCGCCGCAUUACGCAUCCGCAGCUGCGCCCGCAGGCCGCGACGGAUGCCCUGCUGGCCCGCACGUUAGGCGAGAAAGCUGUUUCCGGCCUGGCGGAGAUCCCGAGUUUCCCGCCGAAUGCGGAGAAGUUCCCGCACGAGUACCACACCCCUACCUCGCGCUUUCCAACAACGCCACGGGAGUCCAGCGCGAGCGACAACUGGAUUGCCUACACGGCCAAGUACCUGGACAAACAGCUGCUGCUCCAGGAUGAGCCCACGCCGGUGUACAACGUGAACAAACUGUGGCCGAUGCAACAGGUGCCGGGCAAAGUCGACCAAACGCCCUUCGAAGAAGAUCAGACGUGGUUCAUGCACCCGAUUCCUGUUCAGCAAAUGGAGCAGCACGAUCCGGAAAAGGAUCUGCAGGAUCUGCCGUUUGUCAAUCACGAACAGUUCCCGCGUUCGCUGGACUGGACAGCGCCGUAG